AUGCAUCCACAUGUUUUCGGUCAUCAUUCGUUCCGUUUGGCUGAUGCUACGUGUUAUCAGUACGAUAUCAGCAAAGCGCAAAUGAGUGGCUGUGAAUAUUUUGGUGUACUGCAUAAAGCGACCACCAGUCAGGAUGUUUCUACAGGUGCCGGAGCUACCACUGCCGAAAAAGUGCACACAGCAGCUCUGUUCUCGAUUACAGUUGCACAGAAGGAACCACCCACUCUGACAAGGGGCCAACGAAACCAACCGGCUAGUAUCGUAAACAUUAGUCCUCGUGUAAUAACAAGAACUCAAAAUGAUGACGGUUCGACAACAUACAAUCUUCUACUCAUCACCGAUAUGGAUGCACAUUCAAGAGCAGAGGAGUGGAAAUGGCGUGCAAUUUCAAGAAAAGCAAAGCUCACACUAAGUGCAAAUAAGAAGGAAAUUAAGCUGGAUUGGAUCGAAGGAAGCGAUGUUAAUCUUACUACGGGAUUCAACUUCAAAGGAAGGGGAAUGGAGUUGUCAGAUUUAUCGGAAUUUAACGGACACCUCAUUUCACCGGACGACAAAACUGGAUUACUGUAUGAGAUUAAAAAAGAUAAGGCAAUCCCGUGGGUUUUCCUCAAUUCCGGACCAGGAAACACCACAAAAGGGAUGAAAGCAGAAUGGUUGACGAUCAAAGAUAAUCUCCUCUACGCCGGAGGUCAUGGCACGGAGUACCUAAAUAGCAGAGGCGAAGUAGCGAAUGACGAUGCAAUGUGGAUCAAAACAAUUACAAAGACAGGGAAGGUCACCAGCCAUUAUUGGAAGAACGUUUACAAUACAAUACGUAACACAGCACAAUUUCCUGCGCCUGGUUAUCUAACCCAUGAAGCAGUACAGUGGUCAAAGGCGCGUGAAAUGUGGUACUUCCUUCCUCGAAAAGCAUCGAAAACACCGUUCGUUGAGGAGGAAGAUGAAACAAAGGGAACUAAUCUCCUGAUCAUGGGUCCUGAAGAUCUUGAAUCCGUUGACGUUGUUUAUAUUGGAAACCGAACGGUGGAACAUCCCGAACGUGGUUUCUCCGCUUUCGACUUCAUCCCCGAUACUGAAGAUGAACUAAUUUUAGCGAUCAAGUCAAAAGAAGUGACCGGUUCUGAACCUGAAAGCUUCAUUACUGUUUUUAACGUUCAUGGCAAAGUACUAAUGGAAGAUCAACAAAUCGCCGGAAACUACAAAUUUGAGGCGGUUUAUUUUGUAUGA